UUCUAUAUUCCAGUUAGCGUUAGCAAUACCGCGUAAAGGAAGUUUCUGAGGAGACCAGAGACGGAGGAUUCUUGAAGCCACCAUAGAACCAGAACGAUCUAUCAGUUUGGCUCUGAUCUAGGGAGAAUUUGAUACAUUCGUUUCCGCCGUCUCAAUUCACAGUUUCUUCGUACAAUCCGAUCGUUCGCUAUGAGUUUGUUCUUUGGCAAGCGCAAAACUCCGGCAGAACUCCUCCGGGAAAAUAAGAGGAUGCUGGACAAAUCGAUCAGAGAAAUUGAAAGGGAGAGACAAGGCCUUCAAACACAAGAGAAGAAACUAAUUGCAGAGAUAAAGAAAAGUGCCAAGCAAGGGCAAAUGGGAGCUGUAAAAGUGAUGGCAAAAGAUCUUGUUAGAACCAGGCACCAGAUUGAAAAAUUCUACAAGCUUAAAUCACAACUUCAGGGCGUAUCUCUUAGGAUUCAGACAUUAAAAUCAACUCAAGCAAUGGGAGAAGCGAUGAAAGGCGUGACGAAGGCAAUGGGACAAAUGAAUAGGCAGAUGAACUUGCCAUCCCUGCAGAAGAUUAUGCAAGAAUUUAUGAAACAAAAUGAAAAAAUGGAACUGAUGACUGAAGUGAUGGAAGAUGCAAUGGAUGACGCUUUGGAAGGGGAUGAGGAGGAGGAAGAGACAGAAGAAUUGGUCAGCCAAGUUCUUGAUGAAAUAGGAAUAAACAUGAAUCAAGAGCUCGUGAACGCCCCGUCGACUGCUGUCGCUACCCCGGCAGCAAAGACAAAGAUUGCACAAGCAGAAGCAACAGGGAACGACGACGGUGGGAUAGAUAGCGAUCUUCAAGCCAGACUAGACAACUUAAGGAGAAUGUAAAUUCUAGACCUUCAUUUCUUGUGUUAUAUUCAAAUCGUCCAUCCUGCAGCAAGGAGAGACCAUUUAUGCCACUGUCAUAUAAUACUCGUUAAAUUUAUGCCAUAAUUUCCUAACCUUGUUUUGACCAUAUGAGAGAAUUACAAUGGAUCAGCAUUCAUUACUAACA